AUGGUCUCCAAGGACUCCAGCACCACUGAGCUCUGGUUCUAUAACACCGACGUUCUAUGUUCUUGGAAACCGCAGCUUCGAUCUACACCAGCUAGUCCAUUUAUUGUUAGUAGUGAUGACUGCUCACGCCUGUGUAGAGAAAACAGCCUACAAGUGGCAUAUUUUCCUUUAAGGCGAAAUUGUUUAGACAAAUCAGAAGUUAUUAAGGAACCAAAGAAUAGACAAUAUGGUAAAUUGCAGGUGCUUGAUGCAAAGGAAAUGGUUAUUGAACCAGCUGAAGCAAUGUCACGUAAAGGACUUUUGAGAAAUGGAAAAGAAUUGGCAAGCAAACCUCACACACCAGCAAUACAAUCCUCUCAAAAUACAAAGAUAUCUCCAGAAAAGAAGAAAAUUUCUUCAAAGAGUAAUGAAAAUAAAGAUUUAUUUAUGAAUUUAGACAAUAAAUCACAGACAGCUUCCAUUGUAGAAGAAAAAACAGAAGGAACAGACCCAAAUAUCUCUGCUCCCAAGGAAACCAUCCCCCAAGAAGAUUCAGUCGAUCACAACUCUAAAGGCACAGAUGAAGAUGCAGCACUUGCAAACACAGUGAAAAAUGAUGAAUCCUCAGAAAGUCCUGAAGAUAGGCUGUCAGAAACUAUUAAACAUGACAAUGAGAAGGGAUGUAACAGUACUACUGUAUUUAUUGAGAAAAAUGUUGCACCAUUGGAGUUAAUGACAGAGUUCCUAAGAGCAGUAAUGGGUCGAAACUACACUGUGGCAAAAAAAUUAUGUGAAAUGAUACUUGUCUAUGAACCAGAAAAUCCUGAAGCUAAACAGUUUUCCUCACUGAUUGAAGAAAAAUUGCUAAUGGAAAAAACCCAUAGUCAUGAAGAAGAAAGUGAAGAUAGUAGUGAUGAUAGUGAAGAAAGCAGUGAUGAUGAAAGUGAAGACAGUUCUGAUGAAUCCGAAGAUACAUAG